AUGACCAGGGAGAAGAUCAGGAGGGUCGCUGAGCGCCCGCACGUAUCUGGCAGUCUUGGUAUGGAGCAUCUUAGCGCCUACACGCUGUUUGUCUUACUGACGUGCAAUUUCCUGCAUCAAAAGGCCCUCGGCUUCACAUAUGAGACAAUGCUCUUCUCUUUCGUCCUUCCUGCGGCAAUCCUCUUGAACAUCAACCAAAGCAUUGGACCUUCAACCCAAUACACAUGGAUAGCAACAUCAUGGACUUUAGCUACUGCAGUCACCCAGACUAUAGCUGGCCGUUGUAGCGACAUCUUCGGCAGGAGAAACUUUUUCAUUGCUGGUAACAUAGCAGGUCUUGUCGGCUGCACGAUCGGCGCUCGUGCAUCUUCGAUUGACAUGGUUAUUGCUGCUACCGCGGUCAUGGGAUUCGGUGCCGGUCUCCAGUACCUUUCUCCCGCAGCAGCUUGUGAGAUCGUUCCUAGGAAGUACCGCGGUACCGUAAUGGGCUUUCUCAGUAUUGUGGGAAUUCCUGGAUCAGGAUUUGGCUCCGUUAUCGCGUUUGCUAUCGUGCGUUCAUACACCUGGCGAUGGACCUUCUAUCUAGGCAUGAUGCUAAAUGGAGUGGCUCUUGUGCUUGUGAUACUAUUCUACUGGCCACCCGAUUUUCACAAACUCCAUCCAGAAGGCAAAACUCGAUUCCAGCAGAUCAAGGAGCUUGACUUUGUGGGUUUACUACUGUUUGGUGGCGGGUUGACCACCUUCUUGGUCGGCAUUUCUUUUGGUGGCAAUCCGUAUCCGUGGAAAAGCGCGACUGUGGUCGCGCCGAUUAUCAUCGGUGGAACCGCGCUCCUUAUUGGCUUUCCUGUGUGGGAAGCCUAUGGGCCCACGAACGGUAUCAAGUUGUGUCCACCUCAUGUGGUCAAAAACAUUAGAGGUGUUGUCAUGCCGUUAGUGGUUGGCUUUGUGGCGGGAAUGGCGCUUAUAAGUCUUCAAGUCUUCUGGCCUCAGCAAGUUCAGAUCUUGUACCAACAAGACUUGAGACAAGCUGGAUGGUAUAUCUUGUCGUAUAACGCCAGCACCACAGCUGGCUGUAUUAUCAGCGGCGCCUUGUUCGCCAUUCUGCGGAAAACAAAGUAUCAGCUUAUCGUCUACGUGUUCUGGUCAACUUUGUUCAUCUCGUUGAUGUCCACAGUAAGCCAGAACACGCCAGCGAGAGCAAUUGUCUUCGUUGCACUUGCAAGCUUUGCAGUGGGUGCAGUACAGAUCCUGGCGAUCGUCUUUGUCGGAUUUGGCGUCGAAGACAAGCAUAUCGGCGUCGCAGUCGGGUUGCUAAACACUCUGCGUUCCACUGGCGGAGCGAUAGCGCUCUCGAUCUAUUCAUCAGUCUUCCUUAACAAAGUCAGCAAAGUACUCGUACCUAGGAUUUCCGCAGCAGUUGUUCAGGCAGGAUUGCCAACUACUUCCUUGCAGGGCUUCAUAGUGGAUCUUACGUCAGGUGUCCCUCCGACCAGUGUGCCGGGUGUUACUCCUGAAAUCAUCGCUGCUGGAGUCGAUGCCAUGAAGAGCGCCUACUCGAGUGGCUUCAGGCUUCUAUUCCUGACCGCAAUUGCUUUUGGCCUGGUGUCAUGCAUCGCGGUAUGCUUCGUGCACAGCGUCGAUUCGCACUUGACGAAAGAGACUGCUGUCAAGGUCGGUAAAUUAGGUGGACGAACCGAGGCGGAGGUUUUGUCUGAAAAGACACCAGCCCCGGAAGAUGCUUGA